AUGUACCGGGUGGGGACAGGGUGGCCCUUGUGGAGCGAGUGCCUCGUGCCCCUGCAGGUGGAUGGCAGGGAGGUGACGGGCUACUGGGACACGGAGGCGGAGGUGGCACUGGCCCAGCCCGAGGUCGUAGCCCCAGACCACAUGGCUCUCAGAAGCCUUUCCCUGACCUGCCCCUGGAGACCAGCCCUACACCUGACCAGACACUGCCACCGUGGUCCCCCCACCCCCAGCCAGAGCCGUGCAGAGCUGCAGGCCUGCCAGAAGCUGGGUACCGCCUGCGCCAUCUGCUUCGUCUUCAUGGUCGGCGAGGUCAUAGGUGGGUACCUGGCGCACAGCCUGGCCAUCAUGACUGACGCUGCCCACCUGCUGGCAGAUGUGGGCAGCAUGUCGGUCAGCCUCUUCUCCCUGUGGGUCUCCGCCAGGCCGGCCACCAAGACCAUGAGCUUCGGCUGGCACCGCUCAGAGACGCUGGGUGCCCUGGCCUCGGUGCUGUCCAUCUGGGUGGUGACUGGAGUCCUGGUGUACCUGGCCUCCGCCCGCAUCAUCAGCGACAACUACGAGAUCGACGCACGGGCCAUGCUGGCCACCUCUGCCUGCGCUGUGGGCGUCAACAUCAUGCCCUGGGCAUCCUGGCCAGGUGUAAUCCCAACCUGCCCCUUGCAGCCACGAUACAAGAUUGCAGACCCCAUCAGCACCUUCCUCUUCUCCAUCUUCGUGCUGGGCUCCACCCUCACCAUCCUCAGGGACGUCUUCCGGGUCCUCAUGGAAGGUGAGCUGGGGUGGGGGCACAGCGGGCAUGCCACAUUGCGGGAGGGCAGUGGUAGGAGCAGUUAGAGGGCAGGAUGGAGGCUGAGAGGGCAGGGGUCAACGCUUUGCAAAGGGUUUCAAUGAACAGGGAAUAGGGGAGCUGGACAGUUUCUCUGUUGUGUAAACCAGAAAGACUCUGAGCUGCAGUGACACAACUCAACAGAUCGCACCAAGCCCCUUGUUGGC